AUGCGCGAAAGCAACGACCGCAUCCGGCGCGAACGCGCCUCGCCGUCCAGCCCGCGCCUCGUUUUGCGCAGGGUGGUGGUGCUCUCCGAGGGGCGGCAGUUCCGGGAGGCGGCCGCCGCGCUGCAGAAGCUGGGCCCGGGGGCGGUGGCCGCGGUGGCGGGCGAGCUGCCCCUCGAUUUGCUGGCGGACGGGCUGCCCCAUUCGGCGCAGCUGCUCGAGACGCUGUUCAACAAACUGAUUGCGGCAGGUCAAAGGUCGGUGCUGGACGCCGAGCAGGUGGUUUGGCAGCUGGUGAAGCUGCUGGCUUCGCACGACGACCCCACGCUGAAGACGAAGGUGGCUCGGCUGGCGAGGGCGCUACUGGAGUAUCACCCGGAAUUCCAGGCGUUGAUCUCGACGAGGAAGAAGGACCUGGAGCAAGCAGUGCAAGGUCUCGGCUGCCACGGUCUCACCCCCGACGUCACUGGCCUGACGCAUCUGCACGCAGCCAUCAAAACCGAACUCAGCCGCCAUAUUGAUUCCUACAAGAGCGCCCUCCACCGGCUGGACGAGCUAGGACUGCCGUCGACGGACAACAAGAAACCUGUAGACGCGUCGCACCAGCGCCUGCUGGGAUUGCGGCUGUCCGAGGUGCAGCAGCGGCUGAUCGAUAACAAGACGCUGCUCACGAUCCUGGACAAGCCGGCGUUGAAACAACUGGACUCCCUGGUUGAGACACUCGCCACCAGGGUGCAGAGCGAUAAAGAGGCGCUGUUUUGCGUGUCACAAUUGAAAAGACUCCAGCAGGUGGGCCGCGAGGACGUGCCUGUGGCGGCCAUAUUGAUGUCCUUCUCUAAGGGCUGCAGCGCCCUCUUGGACCUCAUGCAGAUCCCACACAGCCCCUGUCACAGCGACACGGGAUACCACUCGGGAGCGGAACAGGACCAGGACGUUGGGAAAGAUGCGGUUAGCAGAUAUGAAUCCCUUUAUCAGCAGAGCAGGCCUAGAGCUAUGGAAGCUCUAGAUGCCCUUCCAGACCUCAAGCAUGCAGCACAACUCAAAGCAAAGAUCCUUUUUUCCGUUGUUGUGCUGGCCUUCCGCACCUGCAAGUCCCUGCGCGACCACAAGCUCCUGCAGGCCUGUCGCGCGCUGCACGUCGACCCGCGCUGCUCCGCCUCGCUGCCGCUGCGCAGGGAAGCGCUGCGUUGCCUGGCCGCUGCGCAGGAGGCACUGCCCCUCCAGGAGGCCGAGGACCAGGUGAUGGGGCUGGUGUGCGAGGCGCUCAAGGAGUACGGCUGCCUGGGGGGAUGCCAGGCGUUGAGGAAGUUCGCUGGGGAGGCGGCCAGAGUGGCUUGGGCGCUGGGGUGCCGCAUGCCGGCCUACGAACUCGAUACAGACUUUCAAACGCCAACAAGGCUGCAACCAGAAAAACACCAGCGGCAUCACUCGUCUUCUAGGAAUAGUGAUAUUGUGCGAUCAUUUUUGUGGCCAGCGCUCUUGCUCCACACUAAUUAUGUUUAUAAAGCGAUUGUAGUGACAGAUGGCACUUGA